AUGCCCUUCUCUGAAGCGGAGGUGCAGAGUGCCCGUGGUGCCUGGGAGAAGAUGUAUGUGGAUGCCGAGGACAACGGGACAGCAGUGCUGGUCAGGAUGUUUACCGAGCACCCAGAUACCAAGUCCUACUUCACACACUUCAAAGGCAUGGACUCUGCCGAAGAGAUGAAACAGUCGGAUCAGGAGGGCCAUGGCAAGAUGGUUUUCACUGCCAUCAACGACAUGGUGCAACACCUGGACAAUACUGAAGCUUUUCUUGGGAUACUGAACCCACUCGGCCAGAAACAUGCCACCCAGCUCAAGGUUGACCCCAAAAACUUCAGGAUCAUCUGUGACAUCAUCUUGCAACUGAUGGAGGAGAAAUUUGGUGGAGACUGCAAAGCCUCUUUUGAGAAGGUGACCAAUGAAAUCUGCACUCACCUGAACAAUGUCUACAAAGAAGUGGGUUGGUGA